CAGGCAGCUAGCGUGCCUAUGUGUUUGCUGUGCAGUCAAAUUGGAAAUUUGCGUUGUUUUCGGAGACGCGCGCGGGGUGGUUGCUGCUGCUAACUGGCAGGCGUUUAAUGUGCGAUCGCAUGUGGCGCGGCUAUACGCGACGGCGCCGGUCUCAGUUAAACGACGUGGUCGGCCAGAGUAGCAGUGCGAAGAGUUAUUGAACGGGCGCGCGCGUCUCUUUUACUUGGAAAUUUUUAUAGCAUUUGACCGACAAAGCAAAACAAAAACAAAAAAUACAAAAGCAAAACGAAGCAGCAAACACAAGCGGUACUUGUAUAGUGUAUGAAUAGGCGCUUGCUUGAGCAAAGAAACAACAGUGCUAGUGAAGAAAAGAAGAACAAGCAUGAAUGUUGAAAAUUUGUGAAUUGCCGACGCGUUUUUCAACAGCGUUUCAAAAAAUAAGUGCGAUUUGCUGGUUUUGUGAGUGCGGUUUUAACGAGAUUUAACGCUUUGAUCUGCCAAACGAUGCGCUGUGACUGACAGCAACGCGCGCGUAUUAUUGGAUGUGUUUCGAUUGUUUUGUUGUUAAUUAAAAUAUUAUUAUGAAAUUAGCAAGCAAAAGCUUUCUCAAGUUAACGCGCAACUAAAUGUUUGCUUGCCGUCGGCAUUUCACUUGGAAAACAGCAACUUUUGUUGUGCAAAUUUUUCUCCUCGAGCGCGACGUUCCAUGCGCGCAACUGAAACACAAUUAGUGUGUGCCUGCUGCCAUUGCAGCAAACGCAAACGUUAGCAGUUCAAUGUCAACGGUCGCGACCACGCGCGCCACACUAACACAAAACGCAUUGUCCACACCCGCGACGCCAACGCUGUCACCAGUGAUUUGUGUCAAUUCAUCAGCUUCACUGUCGCCGCCGCUCACGUCACCACACAACGGAUUAACGCGCCCCCCGCCCAUACUUGAACAGCUGUGCGCGCUGCGUCGACGCCGCGUCGAUAUGCAUCCGGAUUGUAUGCUGUUGCAGGCGCAUGGCGUAACAAGUCCGCGUUUGAGUCCGAGCGCCGCUGUUUUGGCAGGUGAGAAGAACAGGCGUCACAGCGACACAAUGUCCAGGGCGGUGAACGCGUUGGAUGAGGUUGAUAUGUGUGAAUCGAUUGAUUCAGCUGAUGAAAUGGAUGUGGUGGGUGAUGAUGAGGGACAAGUUGAGCAGAAACGUGAGCGGCAGCGCGUACGUGAAAUAAGUGAAUUAGAAGCCAAAACCGCCGCAGCGCGUUUGGCCGAUGCGGCAGCAAUACGUUGUGAGGAGGAAGUAGAUACAGAGGCGGACGCGGAAGAGGAAGAUGAUGCAUUGAGCCUGUGCAGUGAGGAUAGCGAAUUGUCUGUGGGUCAGGAGGAGGGCAGUGCCAAUACAAGCGCUUGUCAAACAACUGCAAGCUUCUGUGAUUUUAACCAGCAGCGCCGUUUGUUGCUCAGCAAUGUUGGCAAUAUGAUGGCACUGUGUGCGCCGUCGGCUUUUAGCAGCGUACACGCACCGGCUUCAGCGUGUGGCGAUGGCAGUGAUGCGCGUUCCAGCGCCUCAACGGAUGAUAAUACCAUGCAACAGCUGGAUGAGGAGAGCGUUGGUAGCGGCACGAGCUCAGCGCUGCAGCAACAUGCUCCAUUGCAAACACAAACAACGGCAAGCGCUUUACUCGAUCCAUAUGUGGUGGCCAACGCGCUACGCAUGCCAGUACCGGUACUGCCGCGUACCGCCAAUCACGCCGCUAGCUUUCAAACCGAGCUUAUGCGUAAGUCUCAUCUGUACGCCGAGGAAUUGAUGAAGCAACAGAUGCAAUUGAUGGCAGCGGCUCGCGCUAGCGCGUUUACAAUGCGCGACACAGGUGUUGCGGAUGCGCUGACACCGGACAGGCGAGCUUUUACACGCUUACCAGGCGCGCCGCAACCAAUGUCCAAUUUCGCGGGCAUACAAUCCCAAUUAACGGCUAUCACAAAAAUGUCACAACUCAGCGCUGCUGCAGCAGCCGCCGCUGUUGCCGUUGCAGCAGUGGCUAAUAAUAACCAAGCCACGCAACAACAACACCAGCAAAAUAAAAAUUUACCAAAUAGCACGGAUGCGCUUCAGAAGUUGAGCGCUUUAACCAGCGCGCAUACCCAACUCUCACCCACAACCGCUAACGCCGUGUCAAGCUUGAGCCAGCUACAGGCACAAAUGCAAGCGCAUUUUCCCUACGCUCACAGCAAUCAUACCAAUAAUAACCUCAACAACAACAAUAAUUUAAAUGAGCCAGCGCUCAAAUUUAGUAUUGACAAUAUAUUAAAAGCGGAUUUUGGCAGGCGUCUCGCGGAAGGAGCUGCCUGUAUCGCUGCGUGUAACAAUGCCGCGCGCACAGCAAAAAACAUUACCACCCAUAAUAGUAAUAGCGCAGCGCAGCGCUCGCGUAAAGCGGCAAAUACGUUACCUGCUGUGGGUGGCGCUGCCAGUUCCUCCGCCGCUAUUGAUUUAACGCAUCUCAGCGCCGCGGCAUCGACAGCGACAACCACCGCCUCCUCGUCAGCAACUCUAAACUUCUCACACACACUCGCGAAUAUUUGCACUAACAGCAGCGAUUCUAAUAGCACCGCGGUCAGCAGUAGCUUUGGCGCUACUUCGGAACAUGCCAAAUCGCCCGCUAAUGGUGAGUUGAGCUCGUCGGCGGCGAAGUGUUCAUCCGCGGAAUUUAGCGCAAAGGCGGCCGAAGAGGCGAACGACAGCGGCAGCGCUGUCAAGUCCAGUGGCACAGGUGCGAGUGGCAGCGGUCCUAUCGUUUGGCCGGCGUGGGUGUACUGCACGCGCUAUAGCGAUCGACCAAGUUCAGAACAUUAA